CGUGUGGUGACGUCAUACAGAGUGCGCUGGUUUACGCUGUGAAUGAAACGAUUUGAACAAGUUGAAGAACAACGUGAUUACUUUCCAGUUAUUUCAGGUCUGUUCCUGUAGUACUUUACGCUAAACAAACAUCAUAUCAAACAAUCUUCAGUGAAGCCAUUUCCUCCCCAAUUCAUCUAUAAAUACUGCAGACAUCACUUCUGCCGUCACAACACAUUCUACUACUCUACUAUUCUUAUCCACUGGUGUAAUGAUGGAGUGUGUUUAAAGAGGAGAGAAUCAUGCACAAUGGCCCUCAUUCAUCAAACGAACGUAGGAACCAGCGUACAUCCGAGCGAAAAAAUCUGCUUACGACAACGCUCAGAAGUCCUGCCCCCAGACUUUACGACAUGGAGAAACGAAACCCGACAAAGAAACGGAAUUUUUCCGAAAUGGAGAUUGAAACGCUAACGACACAAGUUGGAAAUCACAGCCUUGUACUAUUCGGGAGUUUAAAGAGUGGCAUCAAAGGAGGUCACAAGAAAGCAAUUUGGAAAAAAAUCACUGAUGUGGUCAACAGUGUUGGCAUAGAGAGCCGAGCUCCAGCUGAGGUAAAGAAGAAAUGGUCAGACUUGAAGCUCGCUACCAAAAAGCGUGUUGCGGUCCUGAAGCGCAGCACGGAGACUGGAGGAGGCCAGCUAGACUCCAGCCUUGUUCUGACGCCAAUCGAAGAGCGCAUAGCUGCUAUCAUCGGCUUGGCCUCAGUCUGUGGGAUAAGUGGCGGAGGAGACACAGACGCACCAGUUUCCGAGCAGGAUGAAGAGCAUAGCACCAGUGGUGUUCAGCCCCCAUGUGCAACAGAGGCAGCCCCACAAAGACAGGCAAAUGGUGACUCGCAGCGUGUGACCUCCAUCCCCCGAACUGGUACAACACCGCUACCGUGGGUUCUGAUGGCGGAAGUCCUACAAAAACAGACCGAAAUGUGUCAGUUAAUGUCAGAAAUGAAUAGUUCACUCUUUGCAAUAAAUGACACGCUGAAAGAAAUAAAUGACAACAUAAAACGUGCCUCACAUACAUAAUAAACCCUUCUUUUAACCACCUGUAUUGUUUGAAUUCUAU